UAAAAUGAAAGAUGAUUCUUCCUCAUCUCUAAACGCAUUUCAUAAAUACGAAUUUUCAUUCAAGUGUCAAAUGUCUUAAAAGAAAUUCGAAACUAUUGCUUAGAAGCCAUGGAACAGCCGAUAAAGCAAGAAGUACAAGAGGUUGAGGGCCAAACGUAUUUGGAUGAGAACGAUAAUACACCUCUACGAGAAAGAACCAUAAGUACGCCGCCUCACGCCUUUGCUCCUUACGUUCCUGCGACCGAAUCCGGAUGGGAAAGUGACAAUGACGAUGUCAGUCAUCUUUCUGCCCCCCGCACUCCGGGGGCCAGCCUACAGGAAACCAAACCUAAGGAAGAGGCCCCUCUGCAACCCAAGUUUGAUAUGGAAGUGGACGAAAUGCUGGAUGAGAUGCUGAAUGAGGAUUUCAACUGCGAGGAACCUGCACCAGCUGCCGACACAAAACCACCUCUUAAGUCGGAGCCCAGUGAAGGAAUCAGACGCACCCUAGACGGAAUUCCAAGUCAAUUCACUCGGCGGGAAAGCCUCAACGAUAUGGACCUGUGCAGCCUCGAUGCUUUGUCAGCAGCGGAGGACCCUUCGGAAGCCGAGAGUACUGACGCGCUUAUCGCCACUAAGAAGGAGAUCUUGCAGCAGUUGGAAAAAGUGGACACUGAACUUGCUUCGAAACCCAAAGAAAAGAAGAAAAAAAAGAAGCACAAAAAGGACCGGUCUCACAAAUCGAGCCAAAGCAAGGAGCAAUCGGAGUCAAGGAAGCGCCGGCAUAGCCAGAGUUCGCUCAACGACAGCCUGAAGGAAAACAAGCGCCGCCGCAGUCACGGCAAUGAGUCCCUAAAAACGCCAAAGCCAGAUCCAGAAUCCGACUGUAUUCCAGUGCGAAGUGAUGAAAGGCAGAUCCGACUGGUGCAGUCAUCCCGCCUCUUUGCCCCUCCAAAACAGGAGUUUGUGCCACACCAAGGCAAGCUGGCGCUGCCCGACAGGCGGAAUCGCGCCAUGGCUCGGGCAGAAUUGGCUCUGCAGCUCUUUCAGAAGCAGAAAGACGACCAGGAGCAAACCGAGGUCCAAAUGGUGGAAACUGUGGGAAAGCUGCCCGUCAGCGAAUCGUUCCGCAACCAGGACAGCUUCGAGAAUCCCUCGCCCAUCUGUAACAACAUGAACGUGACGUACGCGUUCAACUCCGUCCCGGGUACAAAGAUUGACUUCAACAAGUGGGGCUUGGAAACAGUGCCGCAGGCCACCAGGGAGUUGCUUCGUAUUCUGGGCAUCAGUUUGGAGCGCCUUAAGCAGAUCCAGAUGACAGCGAAGCCGUCGCAGCGCAUUCUCAAGCUGAAAAAGGAGCAAAUGGAGAAGGGUCUCUCGCCGGCGGAGGACAUCGAGACGGCAACGCUGUACAAGAACGCCGCCACCCAAACGGAAGGCGUCUCCUCCACUAGAAGUGUUGAGACCCAAGUCCGUAUGGAGAGCCAAUCAAGCGGUGCGUUCUGGCAGGAUCCAAACUUCGAUGAGACGGAUCUAACCCAGCAGCAGUCCAACGUGAUGUUCGCUCUAAUGGAGCUCUUUACGAGGGUGCCCGACACCUCGUGGGCCCCGACACUGUACAAGGCCCUGGAGCCGGCUCUGCACAUCAAGCGACGCUUCCACCGAUAGCAUUCUUCAAGAUCUGACAUUCUCAAUAGUACACAUCGAAUUUAUUUGUAAAUCAUUAUACCAAAGGCAACAUGAAAACAUGCCAAAAGAGCUUUCGCAGCCACACAACGUUACAUAUACCAAAGUUUCGAUUGCGCUAGGACUCUAUGUAUUAUGUCUCGAAUAUAUAUCUCUCAGAGGCUUCAAAGGCCGCGCCGACGCGCAUAUACAUAUCGUAUUGUAAAUCUCAGGCAAAAAACACUCUUAACUUUUAUACAAUUAAUAAAUACACCUGCUCAUAUAUCGUA